AUGUCGUCUUUCUUCACCCUCCCAGCUUCGCAGCGGAAGCGAAAACGAGGGGAAGACAUUGUGGGAAAGGCAAGGAAACGGCGUGGAGUGGAAAAGAACGAUCGAGGAAGAGAUGCCACCGACGAUUCCGCCCGCCGCAAGCCUUCGAGACCUCAAGACCGUGAACGAGACGAAUCGAUUUCCGGAAGCGAGUCUGAGACUGAUAUUGACCCUAAGUCUGGAGAUGAGUCAGAAGCAACUUCUGAGGAGGACGAGAACAACGCAGACCGCCGGAUACGCCUUGCUCAACGAUACCUUGACAACAUCAAGCACGAGGUAGACGAGGCUGGUUUCGAUGCAGAAGACCUGGAUAAAGAUUUAAUUGCCCAGAGAUUAAAAGAAGAUGUGGAUGAAGCAAAAGGGAGACAAUUCAGGCUUAUUGCGACGAGACUAGAUUUCCCAAAUGCGUCGCACUCUAUGUUCCGUGCAGACACUGAAAGCACAACGGGAGUCGCAGUUUGCCAGCCUUAUGCCUACACCGUCAGCCGAGACAAGACUCUGAUUAAAUGGGAGCUGGUGUCUCCCACCGCCCCAUCCAGCAGUAAGAAAUCUACAGCACCACAGAGGAAGAAACCUAAGCAAUGCGCAUAUGUUCGAGGCAUCAAGGUCAGAGCAUCAGCGCCACAACAGCAUGGUCAUACCGGAGAAAUAUUGUCUGUUGCAGCUUCACCAGAUGGAAAGUAUGUUGCUACCGGAGGAGCGGAUAAGAAACUUAUUAUAUGGUCCGCGGAAGACUUACGGCCACUGAAGACUUUCACCACUCACAGGGAUGCUGUUACGGGUUUGGCCUUUGCACCUACGUCAUCUCAAUCUGGCUUCGGAGCACAGCUAUUCAGUUCAAGCAAGGAUCGAUCUCUCAAGACUUACAAUCUGGCCGGGGAGGAUAGUCUCGCAUAUGUCGAGACUCUGUUCGGCCAUCAAGACCAUAUUGUCGGUGUCUCGGCGGUCUCUGUGGAUCAGUGUGUUACAGUUGGAGCAAGGGAUCGAAAGGCUUUGUGGUGGAAAGUGGUUGAUGAAUCACUCACGAAAUUUCUAGGCGAUAGCUCGAGAAGCGAAACGUAUCAGACAGGAAGUCUCGACUGUGUGGCGGCCCUCCCUCCGGCAAAUUUUGUCACUGGCUCUGACUCUGGUGCAAUCACUCUCUGGAAUGUCCAUCGAAAGAAAGCCGUCUUCACUGUUCAAACCGCGCACGGGGUGGAAGACCCACCGCCGCUUGAGGAAGUCACCUCUGAAAUGGAUCCCAUCGUUAUUGAGCGACUGAAAAAGAAUGACGGUCGACAGCCUUUGCCACGAGCCAUCACGGCUUUGGCAGCAGUACCAGGCACUGAUGUCAUUCUUAGUGGAAGUUGGGAUGGGAGAGUGAGAGUGUGGAAAUUAAGCGACGACAAACGAUCACUCAUAUCUCUCGGGGCGAUAGGAGAGGUUGAGCGUCACAGCGACUUCCCCAAUGGAUCUGUGAACGGAGCCGCAGACACUGCCGACGAUACUGCCAACAAAUCCGACACCAGUGAGGCGAGCCAACAUGUGAUUAAUGGCUUUAUUAAUUCGAUAGCUGUGUUUGAGCGAAGGAAAGAGAUCGUCAACGAGUUUGGAGGCAAGAAGGAGGGCGAGUCUGAGGGCCUUUGCAUUGUGGUAGGCACGGGGAAACAGAUGAGACUGGGGAGGUGGAUGAAGUUACCCAAGGCCAAAAAUGGAGCGGUGGUGUUUGAGGUGCCAUUAUUGAAAACGUAG